AUGGCGUGGGGUAAGAAUCGUCGUCAAUUGUCCGCUAAUUCACGUUCGUUGUCUUCCGCUGGCCGCAGCAUUCGUCGACCACCCGAUCAACAUUUGGAGCAAAAAUAUGCACAGAGCAUUAACCAAAGCAAAGUGCAUGUGCGAGUGGUGGUCCAACUGGAAAGGAAAGAAGACGAAGACAAGUCAUUGAAUCACUAUUUAAUAGCGUUCCAAAAUCAGUUUCAUGCACGCCGAGAAAUUGGUUUAACAAAUUCUUGGGACAUCUGCGUGGAAGUGCUAGAGUGUGGUCUGAAUACGUGGCAGAAUAUGGUGGAGCUACAACGUUUGCUUUUGACAGUUGAGAAACCGAUACAGCUUCGAGAACAGCAAUUGUCGGCUAAAACAAUGUUACGUCGUAAUCACGAGUCAAAUAAGUGGACGUUGAGCUUAACUUUUGCUGAAUUGGCUGAGGAUACGCUUUGGAAGUUCGCAAAUAGCUUGAUGCUAAGGCUUAAGAGUUGUGGAAUAUUGUCGAAAGUACUACUUCCAACAAAACGAUUGGAGUUGCACCUAUUAUCAGCAACUGCGGAGAAUAUGGAGUUAGCAAUGGAUGAAUAUCAGUGGGAAGGAAAGCAAGUGGCAAGUCAAAUUGUCGUUCAAGUGGGUAGAGAAGAAACACUGGAGAUGCAGCGGAUUCUCUUGCCACCUGCUUGCACGGCGUCUCAAACAAAAUUGCAAAACCCUGAUGUAGUUGCUGUGGUGGAUGGUGUGUUGAGUAGCGAGAAUAGUACGAUAAGACCAGUUGUGGUGAUUUUACGUGGUAUCCCAGGGAGUGGAAAGAGUACGCUCAGACAAGAAUUUGAGUGCAUGUGUCAUGAUCGAGAAUUUAAUUUCGUAGCGUGUUCAGCCGAUUCUUACUUUGAUACCUCGCGUGGAUAUGUUUUUGAUGUGAAAAAAUUGGGAGCAGCCCACAAUGCGUGUAAACAAAAAUUUCGAAAAGCUCUUCGAGAAAAUGUUUCGCAAAAUCACGAGCAACCUUUUCACAAACACCUUGUCCUUGUUGAUAACACUAAUACUCAACGAUGGGAAUACGAAGAAUAUGUAACUUUUGCCACGUCCAAUGGAUAUCGGGUUGAGAUUAUCGAAAUUACGUGUAAAGACAUCUUGAUGGCAUUUCGAAUGGGGCAACGCAAUUCACACGGUGUGUCCACGGACAAAGUGAUCGGCAUGUUUAUGCGAUGGGAGAUAGACGCGCGUGCACGCUGCUACAAUCCGCAUUUUGAUCAAAUAGAACUCGCCGAAAACCCGCUUUCGAAUGGUGAAGCUGGUAAAGUAUUGUAUAUCUGUCUAUCUCUGAACGACACGGCUAAACAAAAGCUACUGAAACGUGUGCGUCUGGCUCACGCACACAUAUGUGCCGACCAUGUCACUUUGUUCUAUCAACCGAAUAAAUUAUACACGAGACUGGUCGAGCUUGGCGCUUCCUUUACUAUCCGUGGAGUCGAAGUUGUACAGGAUAAUAAUGGUCAAGCACUUCGUGUGGAGUUAGAUGAACAGCUUUUGUUACCGGUAAGAAACAAGAUACCGCACAUCACAUUGUCACUUGCAGGUAGAACAAGUGCAUCAUAUUCAAAUAAUCUUUUAAUGAGUACAUCAGCAAAGCGAAUGACACUUGACCCACCGAUUGAAAUGACGGCUUGUCUUGCAGCUGUUUUUUAUAUUCAAAACGAGCCUGUGAUUGUUAGAUCGUCACCAUUUGUGGAAGAAAAGUUUCUUAGAAGAUGUUUUGAUUCGAAUAAGUCUAGUACCAACCAAGACAUAGUGCCGAGCAAUCGUUUUCUGCCAGUCUUUCGUGGACAAUUCCGAUCAUUCAUCACAAGGGCUCGCAUUGCAAUACACACAGGUUGCUAUGUAUUCAAAGCGCUAGACUUUGAUGAUUUAAUUGUGCUUGCCCAACCUCCUUUGUCUCCAACGUUUGAUAUGGCACUACAAGAAUACGUAUCUGAAGGUGGCUUGAAUAACAUUAACGAGUUUAUUCUGAUAACUUUAGCGGGAAAAUCCGUGCAUUGGUCCAUAUCUUCAGUGGAAUCUCUUCGAAGUGCUGUGAUAAGUGUUAUUACUCGAGACUCGAGAUCUCAUGCCAGUGCGAUUCAGUCUAUCCCAGCCUAUCAUGAUAUGCUUUCGGCACUGGAUCUACUGGAUAUCACCAAUCAAGAAAAUGUCCGAAGUACAAGUGUCCGUGGUUUGGGCGUUUUGAAAGAAGCUUGGCAAUUUGUUUAUGGGGCACACAGUCCUCCAGCGAUACAACGGAUCGACACCACACUUGUGGCACUGCGAUCAAGUGUUGUUGAGCUGUUAAUAUUGCUGCCAGAUUUUAAGGCGAUGAGCAAUAUGGAAAUACUCAAAACAAAAUUGGUGAGUGUGCUUAAAGUCUGUGUGUCGAGUAUUUGCGACAACCAAUUUCAAAUGAGCCGUAAUAUUUGUGAUGUUGAAGCGUACAGUGUACUGGUUAGUUUUUUACGUGCAAUAAUUGUAAACCGUUGUGGUGACAAACUACCGAGCGAGUGUCGUCUGUCUUCGUUGAUAAAUCUUACCAGCGAACGUCUAGUCGCUUGUUAUCUCAACAGUACUGAAGGAUUGGUCGAAAUGCCGUCUGCGAACGAUAUUGAAUCCGGCCGCAUUCUUCUCACCCUACGAGACAUGCUAAUUUACAUGUCCAAAAUAGAUAUUGAAGAUUGGGAUACUGCAUUUGGAGACGCGCUUCUCGCACUUCAGGGUUACAAAAAAGCUCAAGCGAUAUGGAAGAAAGCGAUGCGAGAAACGAUGCUAUGCUGCGAGACCAUUCUGUCCUCAUUACACUGCGGAAAGGGCAAUUUGUGGAAUACUCAGUUUACCCCCCAAAAUUUGUUUCAAAUCGUGGUUGCGCUGUUAAAAACUGAGUAUUCGAUAUCCGUUUAUGACUCACUUACGCACAGAAAUAUUGAAGUGUGCACCCUUUCUGAGUGGAGUCACUUGCAUUCGCUUGCCCUUUGCGAUGCACUAAAACUGACAGCUUCGAUGGUGGUGUCUGACAAUAAUGAUGAGCGCAAUGGCAACAUUUGGAACCUCUUUGUUUGUACACCAAGUUUGGUUAUCCGUCAAGUAAACGUGACGACCUCGUCGAUUGAUUUGCUUCACAAUGUCGUCGAAAACUUUCAACCUUUUAAAUUUGGUUUUGAACACAAUAUUGAGAUGUGUGUUGGUGAGAGCACACAAGGUGGCAAGGCACAAGAUGUUAAGGAAUGA